AUGUCAGGGUGGAACACGAACCCUCAGUAUAGACCUCUGAAUGUGAGGGACGCGCUGUCGUAUCUUGAUCAAGUCAAGGUACAAUUCAGCAAUCAACCAGAUGUCUACAACCGUUUCCUGGAUGUCAUGAAAGAGUUCAAGGGUCAAAUAAUUGAUACACCCGGAGUCAUUGAUCGUGUAUCUACCCUUUUCAGAGGGCAUCCUUCUCUCAUCCAAGGAUUCAACACUUUCCUACCCCCCGGAUACCGUAUCGAGUGCUCUGGCACUGACGGUGAUUCCAACAGUCUGAUCACUGUCACCACUCCAGCCGGUACAGUCAGCCAAAUACCUGGAGGGUUUGCCGCUGCUAUUGAUCAGAGGGAGAGGGAAAACAGAGCGAAACCUUCUUCUGUCCGACCUCCACCUCCACCUGAACAGGAAGCAAGAACUACUGCUGCUGCUGCUACAGCUUCAGGAGGAACAUCAUCGACUCCUUCCGCUCAACCUCUUCCUCCUAUCCAUUCUCACCUCGCUACCGGUCCACCCCCCUUCCAGAGUGCUUCUCGACCAGGUACAUCAUCCGCCACUACUCAACCUGGAAGACCAUCCCAGCCUGCUGCUUCCACUCAAGCUCCCCCGGGUCCUUUACCUCUACCUCCUCAAACCCAACAACCUCUUCCUCCAUCCGGUCCUUCCACCCCUUCUGCAGCGCAGUUCCUUGCGUCCGGUGGUCUUAACAACAAUCAAUCUUCCUCCGGUCAAGCAGCCCAAGGAGGUUCUCGAGGUCCCAUCAUGGAGUUCAAUCAUGCAAUCACCUUCGUCAACAAGAUUAAGAACAGGUUCAAUUCGGAGCCAGACACCUACAAGCAGUUCUUAGAGAUUUUACAGACCUACCAAAGGGACACGAGAGAUAUUGCUGAGGUGUACGAGCAAGUCACUCGGCUUUUCAACAAUGCCCAAGAUCUUCUCGAGGAAUUCAAGCAGUUCUUACCUGAAAAUGGUGGUUUCGGCGGUAUGGCUGGGUUUGGUUCAUUCGUACAAGCCGCCGCUGGAGCACCUCCCGCUGCCGCAGACAAGCUUGCUGGUCAGAAGAGGGGCGGAAAAGAGAGUAAAGAAGCGAGUGCCCAAAAGAAGAGACGUGCAGGUGUGGCGGACGUUGGCAAGGGUGCUGCUCAAAGCAAAAAAAAGACUGGUGGUCAACGAGGUGAAUCUCCUUCGAUCGAGGAUAACGAACCUGCGUCUGCUCCUGCUCCCUCUGGUAAUCAACCGCAAACUCUUGCUUCACCUGAUGAAGUAGCUUUCUUCGACAAGGUCAAGAAAGCCAUCGACGAUAAAGUUGUUUAUCAUGAAUUCCUCAAGCUUAUCAACCUCUUUGUACAGGAUAUGAUUGAUACGCAAACUCUUCUUGAAAGAGCGUAUCAUUUUAUCGGAGAAGCUCCGGAAGUCUGGGCGAAUUUCCAGAAAGUGGUUGGCGCCAAUGCGGAUGGUAAAGCUCCUCCUAACCCUGCAACCGCUCAAGGUGGUUAUGGAUUUGGAGGAAUGAUCGGUGUGGAUAACCAAGUCGUCGAGAAUGUUCCAAUGCUCGAGCGAGUCAAACCUGAUCUUGCUGGAAAGAACGCGAAAUCAUUUGGACCAAGUUACAGAAAACUUCCUCGAACUGAAAUCAACCUCCAAUGUACUGGUCGAGAUGCCAUGUGCUGGGAAGUGCUGAAUGAUGAAUGGGUAUCCCACCCCACCUGGGCUGCUGAAGACGCAGCACCUUUCAUCUCUCACAAGAAGAAUUCAUACGAGGAAAUGCUUCACAAAUCUGAAGAGGAGCGACAUGAGUACGACUACCACAUCGAAGCUAAUCUUCGAACCAUCGCCCUUCUCGAGCCGCUUAACAACAAAAUCCAGACUAUGGAUCCUGAAGAAAGAGCAAACUUCAACCUCAAAGCUGGUCUCGGUGGUCAAAGCAAGUCCAUCUACCAACGAAUCAUCAAGAAGGUUUACGGUAAAGAACUCGGUCCCGAUGUCAUUCGUGCCCUGCACGAGAACCCUGUCGUCGCUCUUCCCAUCGUCCUCGAGCGAUUGAAGGCGAAAGAUGAAGAAUGGAAGAAAGCCCAAAGAGAAUGGAACAGAGUAUGGCGAGAGCAAGAUGCCAAGAAUUUCUACAAAGCACUUGAUCACCAAGGUGUUCAAUUCAAGACUUCGGACAAGAAAACUCUCAUGCCAAAGAGCUUGUUAGCGGAGAUCGAAUCGAAACGAAGGGAACAAAUGAACGUACGAUCAGCCUUACUGGAUCCUCGACCAUGGCGAGCUAAACCUCAAAUCGAAUUCCAAGUGAAAGAUAUCGAAGUCCUAAAAGAUUCUAUCAAGCUCAUCAUAAGUUAUCUUGAUCGAGUCAGCAACUCCCUAUCGACACAAGAUCAAAAUCGUGUAGAACGAUUAUUACGCGAUUUCAUCCCCGCUCUCUUCAUGCAAGACAAAGAUGAAUUCGAUGCGGAAUUCGGAGACGAUGAUGAGACUCCCGGGGAGGAUUCUGAGGAAUCCGAUGGUGAUGUCAGUAUGGCUGACGAUGACGAGACUGGAUCGGUUGUCUCUACGUCCAAGAAAGGUGCAAAGAAAACAACGCACGCAGCCGAUCUUCGAAAGAAGCUUCUCAAGCAGGAAUUAGCCGGAAGGGAAAAGAGGGGAUCGACAAUGACACCUGGACCUGAUGGAGAUAACGCCGUUGACAAUGCACCAUCCGUAGAAGGCACACCCGCAACUGAAAAUGGUGAACGGGCAGAAACACCUUUACCUGUCCCUGCUGAUCCCGCUGAAGUCGCUGAAGCAGUCGAAAAGGAUAAAGCAGGAGCUGAGGCAUCUGAACAAACAUGGGUCCAGAUCGAUGGUCUCACGGAAUCGCAAGCCCCCUCCGAGAAAAGCUCAGAAGCUGGAGCAGCAGAGCCGAAAGCUUUACCUACGAGAAAAGCCAAUUUCUUUGCCAAUAAUCAUUUUUACGUUCUCAUCAGACUCAUCCAGAUCUUGUACUCUCGUUUGGUGAUGUGUAAGGAUAUUGCCGAGAAAUUGGCUUCCGAGAAGAAACAACCGAUCAACCCAUUAGCCAUCAAAUUGGGAUUGGCCGAGCCUGACUCACACUUUUUCGGUAUUGAAGAUGGUGAAAAUCCCGCUCAACAUUAUUAUGGACAUCUGUUAAGUAUGGCAGAAAGGUUGUUUGAAAACGAAGUCGACAAUGCGCAUUUCGAAGAGACUUUAAGAGUGAUGUUUGGUAAUAAGGCGUAUAUCAUGUUCACGGUCGACAGAGUGAUUGCGGCUAUUGUCAAGCAGGCACAAACGGUGUUAGGUGACAUGAAAUCGCAAGAACUUCUCGCUCUCCUACAAAGAGAUAGAUUGCACGAGAGGACUAGUACGAGAAGACAGAUCGCUUAUAGGAUGCAAGCUGAAGGUGUUUUGGGAUCAGAUGAAAACCUGUUCAAGAUUUCAUAUCAACCGUCACGAGAUAUUGUCUCGAUACAACUGUUAGGUAGAGAGGAUUUGUCUGUAGAUGAUGCUGAGACCGCGCAAGAGAAGUGGAGACAGUAUAUCGAGAGUUAUAUCUUGACUCAUCCUACUGAAGGAUUACCUCAUCGAGUUGAUCCCCCUCUUCUCCAAAGGAACCUCGAUGAAAACCUCAAGCUAUCUUCGAAUGAAGUUAUCACCAAAGACGGUAUAGAAAUCAAGAUUGCCUUGGGCAAUUAUAGAAUGUUCUUCACUCCUGAUACCGAAGAUUAUUUCCAUUUGAUUCGAAGUUCCACUGAGAUCAAUGAGACUGAACAGAAAGAGAAAAUAUAUCUGGAAGGAGCCAAGAAAAGGUUAGAUGAUUGGUUGGAAAAUAGUUUGAAAGGUGAUAAUGAAUAG